UCUCUCUCUCUCUCUCUCGUAGUAAAAUAAUAAAAAAUAAAAAAUAAAAUAAAAGAAAUAGAGAACGUGGUUUCGAAUAAAUUGUGUGGGCGACACGAGGUGAAACGAGGUCGUCGACCACACAAGAGAGAGAGAUGCGUUUCUCGAUGAGGAAGAAAAACUGUUAGAACUAAAGGAAAAAAAAAAAAAGAAAAAAAAUAUAACAUUUUUAAGGGGGUGUUUAAAACAAGAAAUUUUCCCUAAGAUAAGAGAAUAUUCUUAUAGAAGAAAUUAAAAAAAAAAAAAAAAUAGAAACAGAUAAAAAAAAUUGGUGUGUGAAGGAUCUAAUGGUCGAGAUACAAUUUCGACGUUCAACGUUAAAAUUUCCAUCGAUGCUGCAACCACCCUCUCCGCUGAUGGAGAUGGCGUCCCUGCGUUUACCGGACUCAGAAGAGUUCGACGUUGACACUCGUCGUAGAAGUAACAACGAUAACAUGUUACCAACUACGAUAGCUACCUCAUCACCAAGUAUAGGUGGUGGUGCUGGUAGUAGUAGUAGUAGUAGUAAUACAUUUCAACAGAUCAAAAAUGAUCUUGGUGAUUAUUUGAAUUUGUUGGUCGAGGCUAUUACGACUAAUCCUAGGGGUGUUGUUGAUCCCACAUCUAUGAUAGAUGAACAAACUGGAUUAUUCAACGCUAGUAAAACACCGAAUAUUUCAACGACGAUCGAACAAUUACCUGAUCGACUUUACAGGCACAGCAUGGCCAUGUCUGCUGUUUAUUGCGUAGCAUACGUUUUAGUAUUUGUCGUUGGCCUAAUUGGCAACAGUUUUGUCAUAGCGGUCGUUUACCGAUCACCAAGGAUGAGGACCGUUACCAAUUUCUUUAUCGUCAAUCUCGCAGUAGCCGAUGUCUUGGUCAUCGUAUUUUGUUUACCAGCCACUUUGAUGAGCAACAUUUUUGUCCCAUGGUUCCUGGGAUGGUUCAUGUGUAAAGCAGUUGCUUACAUUCAGGGUGUAUCGGUAGCUGCUUCAGUUUACAGUUUAGUUGCAGUUUCUUUAGACAGGUUCCUGGCUAUCUGGUGGCCGCUCAAAUGUCAGAUAACGAAAAGACGAGCACGAAUGAUGAUAGUUGUGAUUUGGUUCAUCGCAUUAACGACAACAUCACCGUGGUUGCUGUUUUUCGAUUUGGUAUCGAUUUACGAAGACGAUCCUGACUUAAGAUUAUGUUUGGAAACAUGGCCACAUCCCGAGGACGGUUCUUUGUUCUUUCUUAUUGGCAAUCUUACACUUUGCUAUGUAUUACCGAUGAUCCUGAUAUCACUUUGUUAUAUCUUGAUAUGGAUAAAAGUAUGGCGUAGGCAUAUACCAACCGACACUAAGGAUGCUCAAAUGGAACGGAUACAACAAAAAUCUAAAGUUAAAGUUGUCAAAAUGUUGGUAGUAGUUGUAAUAUUGUUCGUAUUAUCUUGGUUACCGCUUUACGUGAUAUUCGCUGUUAUCAAAUUGGGUGGUGACGUUGCCGACCGGGAAGAUGAAAUUUUACCGAUAGCAACACCCAUAGCACAAUGGUUGGGUGCUAGUAAUUCUUGUAUCAAUCCAAUCCUAUAUGCAUUUUUCAACAAAAAAUAUAGACGAGGAUUCGUAGCAAUAUUAAAGAGCGGUCGUUGUUGCGGUAAACUUAGGUAUUACGAGACCGUAGCUAUGAUGUCCUCGUCUACGAGCAUGAGAAAAUCUUCUUAUUACGUUAAUAAUAACAAUAAUAACAAUAAUAAUUCAUCAACGAGACGUGCAGCUUGUCACGGACCACCUGUACAUCAGGAUAGUAAUGUUUCUUACAUAUUCAAUCACACGGGUGUUUAAAAUGCAUUUAAGAAUUGACAAAAAGUGAGACACAAUCAUCUUAACACCUUGUUCUUGUACCAUUGAGAAAGAGAGACAAAGACAAAAACAAAGACAAAGACAGAGAGAGAGAGAGAGAGAGAGAGAGAAAAAUAAGAAAAAAAAGAAGAAAGUAAAAAAAAAAAGAUUAAACGAAAAUAUAUCUUGACACGAUUAAUGAAAAGGAAAUCGAAUAAAUCGAAGAAGGUGUGAGAGAGAAAACAUAUAUAUAUGAAGGGUGUUGCUUUUAUCACCUUAACGACUGAAAAGGAAGACUAGACCAAGAAGACUCUUGUCUAGGCUCGAGUCUAGGCUGGCUGCCACGACUGGUAAAAAUCGCUCGCAUAAAAAAGAUUUGUUUCUCUCCCAAUGAGAUUCGCCGGUUCCGAGAGAUUCUGGGUCAUGCUUGAUCGUCACGAUUGUAACUCGGGUCGGAUGUCGAAGAAGAAAAUGAAGAAAAAUGAUGAAGUUCAAGAAAAAGAAGAAUAAGAAGAAUAAGAAGAAUAUAAUAACAAAAAAAAUGAGAUAACAAACAAUUAUUAAAAAUUAAAUUAAAUGAGAGAAGUUGAGAAGCGUUGAGUUUGACUUUUUUUUGAUGAUACCAUUAAAACUCAACGCUUAAUUAAUUACGUAAAUAGUUCAUUUCGUUUAUACAUUAUUAUCCUCGAGUUUAGGACGUUUAUCAAAGAUUUGAAAGAAAAACGAUGAAUGGAUAAUAAUAAUUUUUAGAUUUAGAUCCAUCGAUGAUGA